GUACCUCUUGCCACAAUGACUAUCUUACAUUUGGUCCUUUUCCAAUUCAAAUCGGAGGUCGCCCCGGCCACUCAGCAGGAAAUUUUGCAGGAAUUCUUGACCCUUCCACAGAAAUGCGAGGAUGCAUUACAGAAUCUGUACAUCAGAGGUAUACGAGGCGGAGUGGAGUGCACUCCAGGAGCAUCAUCUAAUUUCACCCACGUCUUCAUAGUCGAGUUCAAUUCUAUGCAACAGCGAGAGUAUUAUAAAUCUGUGGACCCUGUUCAUGUUGAUUUUGCGUCACGCAUCAUGCCUCUCUUGAGAUUUAUAAAGAUUUCGGUGUUUCAGGAAAGUAAAUUUCUGGGCCAGUGAACUUCUUGUCUGGUAUGGAGUCUAUCUACAGACUACAGAGGGUUGGGACAGUAGUAACAAGCUGGGAAAUUGAAAGUGGAAUAAGAGGCCUGGUGCUCAUAGACCACUCGAAAGACUUUAUAUAAUGCACACAAAGUGGGAUAGCAAAACCAACUACAUGUUACAGC